AUGGCCCAUGAAAGGGACAUCGGUCAACAAAACAAGGAAGGUCUGCACUGUCAGCCAGGUUUCUACUGUCCUCCAGCCAGCUUUGGUCCAGUCCCCUGUCCUAAGGGCACAUACGGGCCAACUGCUGGAGCUGUGUCUGAAGAGAGCUGUCUGAAGUGUCCUCCACACCACUACUGCCCUCGACCAGGCUUGUUAUCCCCCCUGGCCUGUGGUCCUGUGGCUCUCCAGCCUUUGUCUGGCCAGGAUGUUUGCAUCUGCCCACGAGAGGGACAGAGUUUUCAGAGCACCGACAGCAGCUGCUUCUGCACCAUUGGAUAUCAACCCACCAGUGACAGAGAAAUGUGUGUGCAGCAAGUGUACAGUGUCUGCAGAGAUGGGAAAUCUCGCACACAAUAUGGGGAAUGCUUGGACCAGAACCAGUGGUCGCUUCACUGCAAAGAUGAGGUAUGCCAAAGUGCAGAGGACUACCGUGGUUAUGACAGGGAGCUGGGUUUGUGUGUUUGCAAAGAGCCUCCUGGCAGAGCUGCAUGUGGAGGCCUAUGCAAGAGGAAGCCAGCUAGCCAUCUGAAGCUCCAGUGCACAUAUGAUCAAGAUAUGGCUCUGACAUGGAGCUAUGAAAGUCAGGUGUCAAGCAUCUCAGGCAGUGUGCUGAAGACAGUUUUUGAAAUGUGGGAUUCUCAAGGGACUCUGCAGUGCCACAGUCAUCACAAAUCCUUACGUCCGGUCUAUAUUGUUCAGACAACAGAGGCGGGAUUCUUUGGCCUCCUCAGUGGCCUCCCAGAGGAAAUUCAGCACCUGUUUCCAGACACCAAACAAAGCUCAGGCGAAGACAAUUAUGAGGUCUUGGAUGAGGUCAAUGGCGUGGGAAAUAUCAGUGAUGCAAUAAGGGAACUUCAUUUCAGAGAGUGGAACAAAGACUUGAGUGAUAUUGAGAAACAGAGUCUAAGUAGAAUUGGAGUUCUCAACCCGACAACAUGUCUCCAUCUGGGGGAUAUUUUACUGUUCACCGUCAACACAGACCAUUACCCCCUGUAUGAUGUUGAAAGUCUCUACAACACCAACAGCAAUUUUGACUGGGGCACAUUCAGGCUGCUGGAACAAAAGCUGAUGCUGUCCUGGACUCCUCCUACCUUCUUUUCGGUGGUCUUCAGCCAACCUGGAGUUUACGUCUUCACACUUAGCAGCAAUAAUCAUAAACACAUGAUUAUGUUCCAGGAGUAUGGGUGGCCAGAAAAGCAGCCAAUCAAAGCGAGGUAUCGGUCGUUGCAGCUGGUCUACCAAAUGGAUGACUAUGCAUCAAAAGGCUCAAGGAUUUUCACAAUUAGGAAGACCCAUCGAAAUCAACAAGCUAGACUAAUGAAGGACUCCAUUCAGCCAGCACCCUGCCCAGAUGUCUUAAAUGAGUUCUGGGAUUACGAACACCAGGUGGAUUUGGAGGCUUUCAGCAGCAACACCUUCUAUGGCCUCUUGCUCAAACAAAGCCUGUCUGUCACUACAAGGCUGGGACAAAUCACAACUGAGGUAAAGGAGAUGUAUCAGGGAGUCCUUGGGAAAUUACAGCUACUCCACCCAGGCGUAAUUGCUGAGGAGAGGGUGGGGGAAGGUUACAAGAGGAUGAAGAAAGAGAUGGAGAAAGAAGUGGGGCGACGGAGGUCUUUGGCCUCCCAUCUACAAACUUUGCUUGACAAUCAGCUUGAGGUUCUGAGGCGAGAACAGCAGGUCAAGCGGCGGCUCUACAGUGUGUCCACAACGCGACUCAGGGAGUGCACCAGACUGCUGUCUAAGAUUUCCAACAGCAACCAAUCCUCGUGUGAGCAAAUUUUGUCCCAAAGGCUGACGUCCCUUGUGGAUGAAAUGGGGGAGCUGGUGGCAGCAGAGUGCCUCCGUCAGGGAGCGUGGGGGCUGUUGGGUGAAGGUACAGGAGCCAAGCUUCUCUGCCCUGACACAGGAACCGUUCUGACCAAAGACGACUUCUUUGGGCCUGACGGGUCUUUGCGUGUCCCUGCUGCAGUUCACUGUGAUCCAGUCACCAGGCUCAUAAGGCCAAAUCCUCACAGCCACAUGUUGCUGAGCAGCGGCCAAACCAUGGCAGUGCCGUCUGAUUAUUUCAUUCACCCACAGACUGGCAAAGUUUUACCCAUCGUUGGCAACGUGGCCUAUGAUCCUGUCAGUUCUACGUUAGUGGUUACCACUGAUCUUUGCACAGGUGACGUCGGAAAGUGGGAGAGUCCCCUCCUUCCCUUCCUCCCUUAUCCCACCUCCUGCCAUUCGCAGCAACACCUGCCUUGCAUUAGUCUCAAAGGCCUAAAACCAGGACAAAGGCUGCAGCUGGGCAUGCCCAUGGCAGAUCCAGACACAGGUGUCCCAGUACCCACCCUGGCAGUAACUAUCCACCCACAGACUGGAUUAGUUUACCCACUGGGAAGGCUACAAAUCUGCCCACUGUCCCGCCUGCUGCAGCCAAUACAAAUUGGGUAUCCCAUGCUGGACUCCAGGACAGGGAACAUUGUGCUCACUGUUGGGGUCAGUUUAGAUCUGUUAACAGGAGACAUACAGCCAGUAGGUGGAGCACUACUGGGUGAGGUCUUCACUGAACCUCUGAGUGGGCGAUUGGUUAGAAUCGGAGGGGCCACCAUUAGGGCCGGACAGCUGGCGCUCCAUGCAGGAGGGUACCAAACUUUACUGGACAGCAAGGUUUUAGCUGAAAUGUAUAAAACGUUAGACCUCCUGAAGCCGCUAACUGAUGAAUGGAGUUCAGAUCCAGCUCUGCAAAAUAUGCAGAGCCAUCCAGGCAACGAACACAUAAGUGGCCGACUAGAUGAUCUUGUAACUGCGAGCAAGGAGCUUGAGCAGGCCUGGGGAAGGAGUCUGCACUGUGGGCUGCAGCUAUGCUCCAGGUUUGAGAUGCUGCUUGACUGGGCUCUGGGUCUCCAGCAGGAUGGUGGGACACUGGGUGAAAUGCCUCUGCCAGAUUCAGAUAUGUGUCUGCCAGCUCUCGUGGGGAUGGAGUAUCCUGAUCCUAUGGGAUCUGGUCUAAGUGUUCCUGUGCUUGGAUGCGAGAGGGAUCCUGUCUCUGGGAAUACAAUACCUUUGGCAGGAACUAUGGAGGAUCCAAAAGGAAAAGGCCUGGUGGCAAUUCGUUAUGGAGCUCAGGCUGUGGAUCCAGUUACUGGGUUAUGGGCCCCAGUGGUUGGAGCAAGGCUGGAUGUGUCCAGGAAAAACAUUGUACCUGUGACAUCUUCAUUCUGGCUGAUGAUGGCAGACAGACCUGAUGGUGUACAGGUGGAGGCACUGCAGAGAGAAAUGUGUGUGAGAAACACAUACUGGCAGCAGCAGAGGCAGCGUGAGGAAGAUAUCCUCACUGAUCUGGACAUGACUUUAUUCCAGCAUCUCUUUAGAUUCACAGAUGCACAUUCCCAUCAGGUCCAGUGGUUAGGGAAGCAGCUGAAGGAGGCAGCUGCUGAGUUGCAGAAUAAUGCACAAACUGAGGUCCAGAGGAGAGCAGCUCAGUGCUCAUUCUUGGCUCUGGUCCUGCCCCCAAAUGUCUUACACAUCUUAUCAUUUGGCGAUGAAGAGGAAUGGGACCAGCAGUGUGCAUGGCACUCAGCGUUUAUGUCAGGCCUUGAUAAGCUGGAUGUGUGCAUGGAUCAGCUGGAAGAAGACAAUAAGAAAAGGGCGUCCCAGCCAGGGGAGUGGUCUACAAACCUCCAUGUGAUGGAUAGAGAGCUGAGACACAGAGAAAUGUGGGAGCAGUGUCAUUCCACACAGACAGAGGUGGAUUCUGCUGUCACUUUGGUCCAUUACGGCAGACAUGUUGCUCAGCUACGUGCCAACACUGCCCAGGCAGUACUUUGUGGACACUUUUGGUUCAAGGACUAUGGCUUGGUCCAGUGCAGUGAAAAUAAGCCAAACAUUACCAUGAUGGCUCUGCUCCAACAGAGGGCUGUACCUCUGCUUGAAAAACUGAAUCUGAUCCUGGAAGGAAAGCCUCCAACAAGCCUGUCCUCCAACAUCUGCAACCAGCACAUCUCUGACUUGUCCAGAAAGCAAGAGUUUUGCUUGGAGAUACCUUUAAGAGUGUGGACAGCCUCCGAGCCAGUGGUGAAAGGAAACUCAACCCAGUCACUGGGAGAACCUGCAAAUGUUGCUCAGUCCAAGGAGGAUGCCGUUCUUCAUAUGUGCUCACAACAACAGACUGCAUCCUCUAGUGUUCCCUCACAUGCAGAGAGUCAGCAGAUAAAGGGACCUGUUCAGUCUACGCAUAUGGCUGUUGCCACUAUUCCAGAGGAGCAAUGGAAAAGGCUGGUGGAGCUCUCUCCUCUAUUCCAGCUGUUAAAGGAUUUGGAGCUACAGCUGAAGACCUGGGCUGGGAAGGCCGGUUUUCUUGGACAGGAACUAAAUAACAGAGGAAACGGUUUUGUGGAUGUCCUGGAUGCUCAGUGGGAAUGUGAGGGAGAGCUGAUCCCUUUGGACCUGUCAGUCCUCAACCCCAGAGAGUUCCUGGUCUACCAGCAUGGGUUAUUCCUUAUUAACACACUGCAUAAUCUAACACUGACUCCAGUCAUUUCUCUUCAGAUAGCAGCGAGCCUGCCAAACAACAACUAUACCAACAAUGCCUUCAGGAAUUCCUUCUUUUAUCAGGAGGCAGAGGAGACGCUCUUUGUGCGCCGCCAGAGGUUGCAGUCUGUCGGCGGUUUCUCUCUCAUGCUCCUUCACUGUCUAUCACACAUCAAAACUAAAGAAAUGGGCUCAGACUUUACUCCAGCCUUCCAGAGACUUUUCUUCAAGACUUUACAGAGCUGUCUACGAGAGCUCUUUCAGGCCAGAUUGAGCAUCCGUUCUGGACAGGAAUCAAGUUUGUGUGUUGGGUUUCAGGAGCAGGAUCACCUAAAGGAGGCUUUGUCAGACCACCAUGCGGUCUCACUGCUUCAUAGGCUUCAUAAACCAUUCAGAGGAUUACUGUCUGAAGAUGAGGUAGAGAAAAUGCAAAUGAAACACAGAGAAGCAUCUUUGUUCUCGCAUCUUGAAGGACUUCUGAGGGAGAAGAGCUCUGAGGCCAAAGACGGACUGGAGGACCAGACUGGCUGAACCAACAUCCUUCAUGAUUCCUUGCUGGUUUAAGGUGUAACCUAUACUGUUCCUAAUCGCCGGAUUAUCACACCUGCAUUCAUUGUCAUUCUCCACUUUCAUCUCAGCAUAUCAGCAUAUCUGGUUGUUGUUGUUCUUUGCUGGUUCAUCUGUUUCUUGCUGUUCUAGUCUGUGUGGUGUACGUUUGGCCUCAUUGUCUUCCCUCCAUGUUCCUGGUUUGUUUUUGGAUUUAUUUAUUUCCAUGAUCUUCGGUUUAUGUUUUAAGGUUUUUGGACCUUGGACUUUGUUUUAGUAAGUUUAAAUUUGUAUCAUUAAACAUCUUUACUGUUUGCUCUAA